GGCCUGACCCGUAACCCGAAAGCUGUUUGGGACCCUGGGCAUUUUCGCAUCCAUUCCCACCCGGAAUAAAUGCAUAUUGACCCACGGCCACGCAGCGGAUGGGGACUCAGAGGUUGUCAGCCACCCCAGAACCACCGACAGAGAGCCUGGUACUCGAUCCUGUCGGGCCUGAGGCUGGUUUGACCAGAUCAGAACUUCCAGCUCCUUGGAUCUGUGACCUUCCAGCCCCUUCUCAUGCACUUGUCUUGAAGGCGCCAUUAAUUAGCAGUGAACUUUCAGUGGGCCCACCAUGAACUGGCAGGUUCUCGAACACGUGCCCCUGCUGCUGUAUAUCUUGGCAGCAAAAACGCUGAUUCUCUGCCUGGCAUUUGCGGGAGCAAAAAUAUACCAAAUGAAAAGACUGGAAGCGAAACAGAAAAAACUGGAAGCUGAAAAGAAGCAGCAGUCUGAGAAGAAAGAUGACUGAUGGGAAAUUGAAGACUUUGCUAUUUAAAUGUCAGCUUGGACGGACUCUAGCUGAGAAGAAGGAGAAGAAAGACAGUAAUUACUGAAUGUCAAGAGGAUAAACUCCAGAUAUAUACUUUUUACUAAAUAAUUGAAUUUUUAUAGACUUUUAGAAGAACCUGUAUUUUGUUUACUGAAAUAAAAUGCCUUUGUAAAAAA